AUGUUGUCACGGAAGCUCAUUGCAGUUAAAGGAAAUCAUGUCGUGCCAUUUGUACUCCCACCUGGACUAGGUGUCCGUGAGACAUUUUUGCAUGCAAUGAAAGGCGAUGUAGAAGUCUCUGAGUGCAAGAGGAAAGGGCACAACACAAUGGCUUGCGUGAUAAGGAAGCACGUACUGAGGGCAGAGCUCAGAAUGUGGCAAAGCUUCUCUGCUUCGAUGUUUUGCCUGACUGCAAUAUAUGUCUCGUCAACUGACAGUCACACAGGAUGGCCAACAGGCUUGCUUUGCAGCAUGGACUCAAACUGCAUACAGGGGUGUCUAGAGUGGGCAAUGGUUUGUGUGCGGAAAAUAUCUGGCACAGCCCUGUGGCCUGGCGCAUGUGCAGCGCUGCAACAGCCACAUUGUUUGUCUAACAAGUUGAUGUUGAUGUGA